AUCAUACUGCUUUCACAAAGAAUUCCACAAUUUUCUGGCUCACAAUUUGAUCAAGCUAUCAUCUUCUUGCUUUUCUAUGUUCUGCAACAAAAGUCUGCUUUCUAUAUUCUGUUCUGUUCCAUCAUAUAUAUUAUUGCCCCACUUAAAAGUUUUUAUUCUCUUCAGCAGUGGAAUCGAAUUUAUCAAUUACCCUCUACUUCUGUGAGGGAUCUGCUGCUUGUAUAUGUUCUUGAUUUAGAUUUGAUUUGGAUGCAGUCCAAGGGGACUCCGCAGAAAUUUCGAUAAAGUACUUUCGCUAAUGAAAUUUGUCUUCAAAGUUCAUCUCCCUUCAAUUUUGAAUCCCGGACCUGCAGUCAAGCCCUCAUACUUUUGAAUAAUAUUUCUUGUGUGUUUAGCUUCAAAUUGUUCUUGUUUCAAGUAAUCAAAGAAAACAUGGAUGAUGGGGAGGUGGUUACUUCAGACCAUGCUUUGCUUCCAAAUCCCAAUUCCUCUAGCAAUUUUCAUGGUUCAACUUAUGAAGAUACAUUUUUCGAUGAAUUUUUGAAGACCGCGCGGACGUGCACUCACACUCACACUUGCAACCCACCUGGCCCUGAAGCUGCACAUACGCACACUUGCUACCACACACACACCCAAGUUCUUCCUUCGGAAGAUGACGAUGGUACAAAGAAUAAAGAGCAUUCCAACCUGAGACCACGAAGAAGGAGGUCCUCGGGAAAUAAAGAAGCAGUUCGGAAGUACAGGGAGAAAAAGAAGGCACAUACAGCUUAUUUGGAAGACGAAGUCAAGAAAUUGCAGGUGUUGAACCAGCAACUUGUUAGGAAAUUACAGGGGCAGGCAAUUCUCGAAGCAGAGCGUUUAAGGCUGAGAGGCCUUUUGCUGGAACUUAGAGGAAAGAUUGACACUGAGUUGGGUGCUUUCCCCUUCCAAAAACAAUGUAACAGUAAUACUUAUUUCGAGGACAGCCAGUGUAAUCUGCAGUCUAGUGUUGGGGCAAUGGGACUUCGUUGUCAAACCGAUUUACCAUGCUUCUGUCCGCCUGUUGGGUCAUCCGUUCAGGCUAGUAUCGGUGCAAGGGGGGAAACAAUGGUGCCAUCAGGAGGAAAUUGUCAGCCUGCAGUAAUUGAUUGCCGAGCAAACACAAAUGACGCGUCAACACAAGCUAAGUAACUUACGGAAGCAACUAUAGCAUUAGCAUGUUAGUUUCUUGUAUAUACCAGGGUAAUUGUCCGUAUACUAGUCCUAGAUAUUAUUAUGAGUCUAUAAGGGCAUGUUUACUUGUUAAGAAAGAGAAUAAAAGGUAUGGGUAUCAUUCCCAUUCCUAACAUAUGUAUCCUUCGUUAUCUAAAACACUAGGAAUGAAAAGAAAAAUGGGCCUCGUGUUGUAAAUA